AUGGGUAUUCACAAUUCACGUUUAAAGGGUAGAAAAUUAAAAAUACAAAAUCUACCUGAGAAUGUGGUGCAAACAAAAUCCGAUGGAGCGAUUCAAUCAGGCCGUUACUUAUCGAGUGACGUUGACUACGUUGGAAAUUUACAUGCAUUUCAUUUUAUUAAAAAACAUUUAUUUCAAAGUAAUUUUUCUUCCCCAAUUAAAGAAAGGCUAAUUCAAGGAGGAUGUAAAAUAUUGGAUGUUGCAUGCGGUUCUGGAACAUGGUUAUUAGAUAUGUCAACGAAUUAUGAGAAUUCUCACUUUGUUGGACUUGAUUUUCAGGCAAUAUAUCCGCAAGAGAUAAAACCUCCAAAUUUAAAUUUUAUUGAAGCAGAUAUAUUGGAUGGAUUACCAUUUCCUGAUAAUGAAUUUGAUUUUGUGCAUCAAGAUACAAUGAUUAGUGUUUUACAAAAAAAUCAAUGGGAAUUCGUUUUACCUGAACUCGUUAGGGUAACUAAACCAGGUGGAUAUAUCGAAUUAACCGAAACAAUUCGAAUGUUUAAUAGCUAUGGACCAAUUAUGCAGAAAAUAUUUAAAAGUUUUAAUUCGUUCCUUUUAAAACAAGGUGUGGACUUAAAUGUUAUAAUAAAUGAUCUUGAAACAAUGCUUGGAUCACAACAAAACAUAACAAAAGUUUGUCGAGAUGAAAGAACGUAUAUUGUGGGACCCAAUGGUGGUAAAAUUGGGUUAGCCUGUCAUGAGAAUUUGGUAGAUUUUUGUAGUGUAGAAAUGACGGUUCAAAUUUUAAGUUCUGAAAUAGGAAUUUCUAAAGAGGAUUUUAAAAAUAUGAUAGGAAAUGGUUUGUCAGACGAGUUAAAAAAAACCAAACCUUCAUUUACUACUUUUAGAAUAUGGACUCAAAAAAGAUAA